ACGAUAUUCGUCUCAAGAGUGCUAUGACGUCAUAGCGCCGUCAUGGCAGAAGUGGCGUUUACGCGGGAAAUUUUAAAAAUCAAUUUUGUUUUUAGAUGAAUGAUUAUUAUAUAAAAUAAAAAUAUAUAAAAAAAAAGAUGUCUACACCCCUAUUUUAUGGAUACUGGUAACAUUGAAGACAAAUUUAAAAAGCGUGAAGCAUGCAUCCCACUGUCAAAGUCAAAUGCCUACUAAGUCUGUGGUCAAAUGUAGUUUAAAAAAAGUUGUUUAUAUUGAUUUUCCUUGCAUUGGUUUUUAUCUUUAUUUGUGAUUUUUUCAUAAACCGUUUACUUAUUUGUCAAUUAUAGAUAAUGCGGCAUGCAUUUAAGAAAAAGAUAAUAUAUUGUGGCUUAAUUGUCAUCGCUUUAAUAAUAUUUCUUCAUCCUAACAUGAACGGGCGCCGAACAUACGAUUACAUUGAAAAAAAUAAUAUUAUGGUUAAUUUACAUGAUCGAAUUGCCCAAAAUUUCACUAGCACAGCUAUAAUGGAUUGUGAUUAUCGCGACAUAUUAUUCGAUGUUACGACUAUGUCUGUUAGUCUUAUGGACGGAGACUUGAUCGAAGGACACAAAAUUAAAGACGGUGGAGAGUUUUACCCUUCAGAGUGUAAGCCUAAAUUCAGCACUGCAAUUAUAGUCCCUUACAGGGAUAGAGCAGAACAACUUCGCGGGUUUUUAGUAUACAUGCAUGUGUUCCUACGCCGUCAAAAUAUUCACUAUCGCAUCUACGUCAUUGAACAAGUUGACACGAAGCCAUUUAACAGGGCAAAACUGUUGAAUAUUGGUGCAGCAGCUGCAUUCAAAGCGGGGUAUCCUUGCCUGGUAUUGCAUGAUGUUGAUUUGUUACCGUUGAGACCUGCCAACUUGUAUGCGUGCACUAAAUGUCCUAGACACAUGUCAUCUAGCAUCAAUAAGUUUAGAUUUGUCCUCCCUUACCUCAAUCUAUUUGGUGGUGCUAUAGCAAUAACUUCACAGCAAUACAAACUUAUAAACGGUAUGAGCAAUGAAUAUUACGGUUGGGGAGGGGAGGAUGACGACUUGUAUGCUCGUCUGGAAGUUGAAGAGUUGAAACUGUGUAGAUUUGAGCCUGAAGUGAGUCGGUACCACAUGGUAGCCCACCAGACUCAACGAAAAGGGGAAAGAAAGCAUAAAGUAUUUAAUUAUGCAAAAAACAAAGUGAACGAAGACGGACUGAACACAUUGAAAUACACAGAAGUAGCGACGGUACUUCAUCCUCUGUUCACUCAUAUCAUGGUUGACUUGUAGCAUAUCUCAUAGUAGUUUUGACUUGUAUCUCACUCAUAUCGUUAUCUCCAAUUUUUCUAUAACACGUCAAAGUACCUGCCAGUUUUAUCUUAUUUAUAUAUAGGUAAUUUAAAUAAGCGAAAGUGAGUAAUGAAGUAAAACGUAGGGAUUUAAUCCUGUCUCAGGAUAAAAUGGCUUUAACAACUCUGGACCUGAAAAGCAUUAGGUCGGAUGUCGGGAAUCUUAGGCAUAACUGUAUAAAAACAGAAAUAGCUAAAUGCAAUCAAAAUAUUUGAAAAAGUCGUCUGAUCCGACUUUAUGCAUGACUGUUGCUCAUGAGUAA